AUGUUGCUUCAGUUUGUUCGCCAGUUUGGUCAGAAGCUUAUCCGCAAGCGGCCGCUGGAACCCAUAGAUGAGUCUGAGAGACCCGUGGCUCAUCUGAACAUCCUAAACCUGGUGAUCUGGGGUGUGGGCGGAAUGCUGAUGGCUGUCAUGUACAUUGUGACUGGUGGACUGGCCAAGUACAUAGCUGGACCAGCAAUCAUCAUCUCGCUCUUGGUGGCUGCCCUGUUUUCUAUGUUAUCUGGACUCUGCUAUGCCGAAUUUGGGGCCUGGGUACCACGCUCUGGUUCUGCAUACCUCUAUAGCUAUGUCAUGAUGGGUCAACUCUAUGCCUUCGUCAUCGGCUGGAACUCCAUACUUCCCUUCGUCACAGGUACCGCCAUCUCGGCCAGGGCCUCGAGUUACAUCUUUGACAGCCUGAUUGGGAAUCACAUCUCUCAGGCAUUACAGGAAACUUUCUCUCUGCCCCUGCCUUACUCCCUGGCCACAUAUGCAGACUUUUUUGCGCUGGGCCUGGUACUGCUGAUGACAGGAAUAGUGGCUCUGGGAGCUCGUGAGUCAAUCCUGGUUACCAAAAUAUCCAGAGUUAUCAACCUUUUGGUUCUCAUCUUCAUUAUCAUCACUGGCUUCGUUAAGGGAGAUCUGCGUAACUGGAAGCUCACAGAACAGGACUACAAACUGAACAUAUCUGGAUCCAGAGACAUCUAUGGCUUGGGAGGCUUGGGCCCCCAGGGUUCUGGAGGGUUUGCACCUUUUGGCUUUGAAGGGAUUCUCCAGGGAACAGCUACAUGUUUCUUCUAUUAUUUUGGUGUUGACGGCAUUGCCACUAAAGGGGUAGAAGCUAUAAAUCCUCAUCGUUCCAUCCCCUGGAGCAUCGUGAUCACAAUCUUCAUCUGCUUUUUGGCUUACUCCUGUGUCUCAGCGGCACUCACCCUGAUUGUGCCCUACCACCAGAUUGAGCCUCUUGACCUUUUGCCGCAAGACAUUCUUCACAGUUGGUGGCUCCCUGCCAGAUACUUCGUGACUAUUGGCACACUCUGUGAUCUUAUAUCCAGACUCCAUAGUGCCAUGUUCAGAAUGCCUCCUUUGAUCUACAAGAUGGCAGAGGACGGGCUCCUUUUCCGGGUACUUACCCGGAUCCAUGUCCGCACAGGCACCCGUAUCGUGGCCAUCAUGUCUGCUGGAAAUCUUACAGGGCUCAUGGCGUUACUCUUCAAGUACACAGAUCUUCUGGAGCUCUUGGCAGGUGGGACCCUGCUCAUUUACUCCCUGGUGGCAUUUUCUGUUCUUGUCCUCAGGUACCAGCCAGACCAGAAUUUAAGCAAGAAUGAGAAUACAGAGGAGGAAAUUGAAGUGCCUGACCCUGACGAACAUCCGUUGGACUCUGAACCUGAAGCAAGAAACUCAAACAUUCUAAAGAGUCUGUGGUUCCCUAUCAGCACCAUCCCCACUAGGAAAUCUGGCCAGAUUGUCUAUGGAUGUGCCUCAAUACUCGUUCUCCUGAUGAUAAUCUUGAGCGUGAUCCUGGUCCAGUGGUCCAGUCAGGGGUUCUCUGGAGACUCCGGCUACACACCAGUGGCUGUGCUGCUGCUGCUGCUCAUCAUUGGGGUCACAGUCAUCAUCUGGAGGCAGCCCCAGAGCCCCAUCCAUCUUUAUUUUAAGGUCCCUGCUCUGCCUGUCCUCCCACUGGUGAGCAUCUUCGUGAACCUUUACUUGAUGAUGCAGAUAACUUCUGGGACCUGGGUCAUAUUUGGCAUCUGGAAUGGGAUUGGAUUUCUCAUAUACUUUGGAUACGGGAUCCGACACAGCUUAGAGGAGAACGAUGAGCGAUAA